GAUAUGAUAUCUUUUGGGAAACCGCGAUAUUCGAUUCUUACAUAUUUGGACUCUUCAAAGGACUCGAUCUCGAUCUCAAGGCAGAGCUAUGCCAAAACGUUUCUUAUAUAUAGAAGCUGCCCUGUAUUUGUUUCAAUACAGUAUACUCGAUCUGACAUGGGUCCUCAUCUAAUAGCUGUAGGCAAUAAGCCUCAUGUUGUAUGCAUUCCUAUGCCAUUUCAGAGCCAUAUCAAGGCAAUGCUUCAGUUUGCUCAACUCCUCCACCAUAAAGGUUUUCAUGUCACCUUUGUCAACACAGAGUUCAACCACAAACGUUUCCUUAAAUCUCUUGGACCCAACUCUCUUUAUGGCUUGCCUGAUUUUCAAUUUGAGACUAUUCCAGAUGGCCUUCCAAGUUCAGAUGAAAAGCACUCCAAAGACAUUAAUUUGGUGUCUCAUUCUAUCAUAAAGCAAUCCUUGGCUCCGUUUCGCAACCUCCUCAACAAACUGAAUGACAAUAUGAACCUUCCUGUAACUAGCAUUGUCUCGGAUGGCUUCCUGACGUUCACCAUCACAGUUGCUGAAGAGCUUGGUGUUCCUAUAGCACUGUUCUUUACUUUUGCGGCAGUCGGAUUUUUGAACUUCGCAACACUUCCCACUUUGGUGGAAAAAGGAAUCGCACCACUCAAAGAUGAGAGCUGCUUAACAGAUGAACUCUUGGACAUGGUAGUAGACUGGGUUCCGGGACUGAAAGAUAUCCGUUUAAGGGAUCUCUCAGGCUCCUGGAGAACUAGGAACCCUGAUGACAUCUUGUUUAAAGCCGGGUUAGAAGCAGUGGAGGCAGCUCACAAAGCUUCAGCUGUUGUUGUUCAUACUUUUGAGGCAUUGGAGGCAGAUGUUUUGGAAGCUCUCUCUAGCAAUACUACAUGUAAGCUUCCACCUGUUUACGCCAUUGGCCCUCUCCAAUUACUUCUCAAUCAGAUACCGGAACACCCUUUGAAGUCUGUGGGAUAUAGUUUACGGAAAGAAGAAACUGAGUGCCUGCGAUGGCUAAAUGGUAAUAAGGCACCAAACUCAGUUGUGUAUGUCAAUUUUGGGAGUCUAGUGGUCAUGACAUCAAAACAACUUAUUGAGUUUGCUUGGGGACUUGCAAAUAGCAAACUUCCAUUCUUGUGGGUGAUUAGACCUGAUUUGGUAGCUGGUGAAUGCGCGAUUUUGCCGCCUGAGUUUGUAGCUGAAACAAAGGAAAGAGGUCUAAUAGCGAAUUGGUGUCCACAAGAGCAAGUGCUCAACCAUCCAUCAGUUGGAGGUUUUUUGACACACAGCGGUUGGAAUUCAACCAUGGAGAGUAUUUCUGCCGGGGUGCCUAUGCUAUGUUGGCCAUUGAUCGGUGACCAGCGGAUCAACUGUCGCUAUACUUGUUACCAGUGGGACAUUGGCAUGGAGAUCAGUAAUGAUGUGAAGAGAGACGAAGUGAAGAAGCUUGUUGAAGAGUUAAUGGAAGGAGAGAAGGGUAAGGAACUGAAAAAUAAGGUCAUGAUGUGGAAGAAACUAGCAGAGGAGGCCUCUUCUCCGCUUGGUUCGUCAAACAUAACAUUGAACAAUUUAGUCAAUCAAGUGCUAUUGAGUAAAUAUAGACGUUGAAAAGACUAGUAAACCUUUUGUUUUUGAUGAUGUUAUUGUAGGCCUUAGUAAGUACUAAGUAAUCAUAAGUUGCUGCUGUUGUUGAUGUUAUUGUUUUACCUGUUACCUUUGAAUGUCAUUUUUCUGUACCUUCUAUAUAUAUCUUAGUUUUCUAAUAAAGUGCUAUGGUCUUCCAUCUACGGCUUCAGCCCACAGAAAC